GCAGAACCAACCCUGCUUUCAAACUGAAUCAGACUGCCCAAACGUUUGUUUUUUUUUUUUUGCGCGUGAGCUUCCCUCCUCGUCGUCGUCUCAAUUGUAGUUGUUCUAAAACGUGAACAACUCGUACAAGCCUCCUCUUCUCUCUCUCUCUAACAAACUAACAACGAAACGAAUAGAGGUUUUUCUCUCUUUCUCUCUCUUCUCGGAUUUGUGUCCUCUGAAAGCGAAUUUUUUGCUAUUGGACCCAUUAAAACCCUAGGUUCCUCUCCCAUUAUCCACAGGCAGGGCUGUGGAAAUUAUUGCGCCGCCUGUUGAAAAAUGGAUUUAGAGGAUAAAUUCCUUGCUAGAGUUUCUGGUGUUCAAAGCCUUUCUUCCAGUGUGCAAAGCACCCCGGAGAAAAAUGGGAAUUCAGAUGAUGCUUCAAGAAGUCCAGAACUUCUUCAGGAGUUUCUGAAAUCUGGUCCUAAAAAGGAACUCCUUCGAACUUGCUUUGAUAAGGACAAGAAGCACACAGCUUCAUCAAAGAGCAAAACAGAAUUUAUGAAGAUAGGCAACAUAACAGUUAAGAAACAAGAAGCCAAAAAAUCUUCUUCCAGUCCCAAUAAUCAGCCUUCCCUUAAGAAGCAACAAAGGAAGGGGGAAAACCCUACACGACUCACACCUACUUCCGAGCAAUUAUCGGACUUUGGAUGUUCAAAUUCGUGGAUAUGUAAAAAUUCUGCUUGUAGAGCUGUUCUGUCCAUUGAUGACACAUUUUGCAGGAGAUGCUCUUGCUGUAUUUGUCAUUUAUUUGAUGACAAUAAAGAUCCUAGUCUCUGGUUGGUUUGCACUUCUGAAAAUGGUCAGGGGGACUCCUGUGGACUUUCAUGUCAUAUUGAGUGUGCUCUCCAAUGUGGAAAGGUGGGUGUUGUUGAUCUGGGGCAAUUGAUGCAGCUGGAUGGUAGUUAUUGCUGUGCUUCUUGUGGUAAAGUUUCAGGAAUACUUGGAUGUUGGAAGAAGCAGCUAAUAAUUGCGAAGGAUGCCCGUCGUAUUGAUGCGCUCUGUUAUAGGAUAUACUUGAGCUACAGACUAUUGGAUGGUACUGCAAGGUUUAAAGAACUGCAUGAAAUUGUGAAAGAUGCAAAAGCCAAACUAGAAACAGAGGUGGGUCCAGUGAAUGGUGUUUCUGCCAGGAUGGCUCGUGGCAUUGUCAGCAGACUCUCUGUUGCUGGUGAUGUGCAGAAACUUUGCUCUCUUGCAAUUGACAAAGCAGAUGAGUGGCUGGCUAGUAUUUCAAAUGGAAACUCAAACUGCAGAGAGGAUUCACUUCCUGCUGCUUGCAGGUUCUUAUUUGAAGAAGUGACGUCAUCAUCUGUCACAAUCAUUUUAAUUGAAUUGUCUACUGCAUCUGAUGAUAUUAAAGGCUACAAGCUCUGGUAUUGCAAGAGUAGAGAAGAAAUGCACACAAAAGAUCCUAUUUGUGUGUUUCCAAGAGCUCAGAGAAGGAUUUUGAUAUCCAAUUUGCAGCCCUGUACCGAGUAUACUUUCCGGAUUGUCUCAUAUACAGAGGCUGGUGACUGUGGUCACUCUGAGGCUAAGUGUUUUACCAAGAGUGUAGAGAUAAUUCACAAGAAUCCUAAUACUUCAGUGGCUGCAAAUGGUAAAAAAGCAAAUUCCCUCUUGGGAGGAGGUACUUCAGGAUCAAAGAGAGAGUCUAAAACUACAAUGGCAGUAAAUUAUUCUGGAUUCAAAGUUCGAGAGCUAGGAAAGAUCCUCCAUCUGGCGUGGGCUCAAGAGCAAGGAUGCUUUGAGGGUUUUUGCAGUGCUGAUGCAGAAAAAUGUUGUGGAGCUGGCAAAGUGACAAAGCCAGCAGAAGAUCAAUUGCCAUCUGUUUCGCGUGGACUUGACUUAAAUGUUGUUUCUGUGCCUGAUUUGAAUGAAGAGCUGACUCCUCCAUUUGAGUCCUCCCGGGAUGAAGAUAAUGGUUGUACCUUGGAACAGGCUGUUGAAGCAGAUGAUGAUGCUGCUUCUCAUGACAUAAAGAAGAAUGGCUUAGCCAGAUCACAUGGUAGUGGAGAUUCGCAGACCUGGACUGGUGGGCCAAGUGGAGAAGUGCCAGCUGUUGAUUCCCGAGCAGAUUUGUGCAGGAAAAGGGCCCAUUCUAAUGAGGAGAUGCUUGACUGUGACAGCACUUUAAUAAACGGGUCACCAUUCCGUGUAUCCAAUGGCUCAGGUUGCUUGGAUGAAAACUUUGAGUACUGUGUAAAGAUAAUCCGAUGGUUGGAAUGUGAAGGUCACAUUAACCAAGAAUUCAGGUUGAAAUUGUUGACAUGGUUUAGUUUGAGAUCAACAGAACAAGAACGCAGAGUAGUCAACACGUUCAUCCAAACUUUGAUUGAUGAUCCUAGUAGUUUGGCAGGACAGUUGGUCGACUCCUUUUCCGAUAUUAUAUCCAGCAAGAGACCACGAAAUGGUUUCUGUAGCAAGCUGUGGCAUUAAAUUAGGGCAGGGUAUCCUAAAACACAGGAUUGCAAUUUGCUUCAAGAUUUUUUUCUCUCAGUGAAAAAAUUACCUCUGAUUGUUUUGCCGUUCUUUGUACAGGCAUUUUUUACUUGAUCACUUCAGGAAGUGAUCCAUUUAUGUUAGGGACAGGUUUGUCCAGCUAAAAGAUUGGUUGCUGAUUGCAGAGACGGUUGCAUUGUUAUUGAGGCCAGUGCCUUUUGGAUUUGAGGCUUCAUGCUGUAUAAGGUAUUUGUAUAUGAGGCUUCUUCCUUAUGAAGGCGUCAAAAAAUUUCGUAAAAAUGGUACUAAUUACAUCUGAAGCAGUAGACUCUAGUUAUGAAGAACAUCUAAUACUUAUAUGUGGAUACUGUUAUUAUUUUACCUUCUCUGAUUCAAAGAAGGCACCUUAAUUGAUUGCUGAAUUUAGUAGUUACAUUA